ACAGCGCUAGUUGCUCUCUGCAUUCAGAUUCCGAAUUUCUAGGGUUUUAGUGUAAGGUUUUGUCCUGUAGAAGAUGAGGAAGCUGAAGUUUCAUGAGAAGAAGCUUUUAAAGAAAGUUAAUUUCUUGGAAUGGAAGAGAGAAGGGGGUCAGAGGGAGUCCCUAGUAAUUCAUCGCUAUCACGUUACCGGCAGAGACGACUACAAAAAGUAUUCGAGUUUGUGUAGAAUGGUGCAGAAGCUAGUGAACAUACUGAAACAGAUGGAUCCGAGAGACCCUUUUCGAAUUGAGAUGACUGAUGCACUUAUUGAAAAGCUGUACAACAUGGGGGUGAUACCAUCCCGAAAAAGUUUAGCUUUGUGUGAACGGUUGUCAGUAUCAUCCUUUUGCCGGCGUAGGCUUGCUACGGUCCUGGUGCGGCUGAAGUUUGCAGAACACUUGAAAGAAGCUGUUACAUAUAUCGAACAGGGUCAUAUUCGCGUAGGGCCAGAUACUGUUACUGACCCAGCAUUCCUCGUCACCAGGAAUAUGGAAGACUUUAUUACAUGGGUGGAUACCUCAAAGAUUAGGAGGAAGGUCUUAGAGUACAACGAGAAGUUGGAUGACUAUGAUGCCAUGAACUAACACUUCAAUGCUUUCUUGGGAUGGCUUUAUGGGUUCCUGUCUUGCAAGCAAGAUUUGUGGAUAGCAGUUCUGUAGAAUUUGAGAGUUCUUAUAUUUUUUACAUACUUUAUCCUUUAUCUUUUGUAUUUUUUUAUGAUAUUGCUUUGCCGGUAUCAAUACCUUAUUGGUAUCCACAUUUUUGUAUCAAUGCAACAAAUGUGAUCUCAAUUUUAUGCCAGUGCCUAUAGUAUUGUGCAUGGAA